AUGAACACUGCCGUGCCAGCUCAACCUAGCGCCCCCGAAGCACGCAGGAAAGGAACUUCCAAACGUUUGAAGAACUUCUCAACAAAGGAGGAUGAAUCAUUAUGCUCAGCGUACAUUAAUGUGAGCAAGGAUCCUAUUGUGGGAACCAACCAGCCAAUCCGAUCCUAUUGGGGAAGGAUAAAAGCUUACUUCGAAGAAGAUAGUGAAUGUACCAGGUCCCAGUCUUCCCUGCAGCAUAGGUGGGCUGAUAUCCAGAAGGAUACUUCAAGAUUUUGUGGGUUUUACUCUGAGAUUGAACGGAAAAACCAGAGUGGCAAGAGCGAUGGUGACAAGGUGAAAGACGCUCUCCAGAUGUAUGAGGGAAUUGUCGGUGCCACUUUCAAGUUCAUUCAUUGAUAGGCCAAAUGGAAGA